GCGUUAACGGCGUUCAAAACAACCUCUGCACUUGGUUGUUUCGCACCAGAAAGGCGCGAAGGACUCCUCAGCAAGGAAGAUGCUGGCGGCGCCGGACGAGACGCCGACGGUCGUGUCGCCCGCCGACGUCGUCGUGCUCGACAAGAACAUUGCGCAGAUCGUCGAGGCCCAUGACGAAAGUGGCGACAUCGAAGUAUCCAGUUCGAACGGCCGAGUCCCCGAACAGUGCGUACCCCGGAGCAGUGUGCGUAGCAACGCGCUGUCGCUGCGCGCACGAUGGCGGCGCGUCGUGUUGGGCGACGACCCGGGGCACAAGUACGGUAUGGUCUACCACUACGCGAUCAUGGCGUGCAUCAUUCUCGACGUCAUGGCGCUCACGAUCGAAACCAUGGACGGACCCAACAAGGUUGGCGCCGCGCCCGAGUACCCCGGUGUCCCAAAGGCGAACUUCUUCGCGGCCGUCGAGGUGCUCAUCACGUUUAUCUUGACGGUGGACCUUCUGUUCAAGUGCAUGUUGGCGCCGUCGCCCAAGUUCUUCUACUCGGGUCGGCUACUGCUCGACGUGCUCUCGCUCGUCUCGUUGUAUUUGCUCGUGCUCUACACGGCGGAGAACCCGCUGGAGAUCUCGGCAAAGCAAAACGGGACCAUCGACGCGAUCAAAACGCUGCGGUACUUUCGCCUCUUGCGCAUCAUGCACAUGAUGAAGGGCUUGGACGGAAUGAUCGUGCUCAUUCGUACGGCGCGCGCGAGUAUUCCGCCCCUUCAAGUCACGCUCUUCUUUCUCAUUACAUUUGUCAUGAUGUUUGCGACCAUGCUCUUUUACGCGCAGCCGUGCUAUAACGCGUCGACGUGCACGUUUACCGACAUCUUUAACGCAGGCUACUUUGUCAUGGUCACAGUCGCGACCGUCGGGUACGGGGACCAGCUUCCCGACAUUGAAAACAUCCCGGCCCUCGUCAUCACGUGCGUCAUCAUGAUCUUUGGCACGCUGUACCUCGCGAUGCCAUUGGCGAUCAUUGGCAUCCACUACGAGACAACGUGGAUUGACUUCCAGGCGCAGAAGAUCGCAGAUGGCGCGAUGACCAAGCCGGUCCAACCGAGCGUCGAGGACGAAGCCGCGAACUUCGAACGCAUGGAGUCGACGGAGCUGUCGACGAAUCUUCACAGCCUCAAUGCAAAGUUCCUUGAGCUGUGCGACCUCGUGACGCGCGUCUCCGAGCACGCCGUGGCCAUCACGACCUCGAUCGAGCCGGCGAGACUCGUCUCGGGGUCCGUCAACCGCGAGCGCAACGGCAAAUUUGUGCAGCUCAUCAACGAAGCGACGCACGCCAUCAAGCUCCAGCGAACGCUCGCGAAAGAGAUCAAGCCUUUUGUGCCCAAGGACCUCGUGACGGCGCAAGCCGGAAAGAAGCCCGUGGCACAGAGUGCGCGCACCUCGUCCUUCUCGAAAUCGAUCGUGUCGCGGGCCAAGCGCGCGAUCAGCAAUAUCCAAACCAAGUCCAAGGCGGACGAAGACGCCAAUGUGAAGCGGACGCUGCGGGAGCGCGUCUUUCAGCUCAUGGAGCGGCCGCACUCGUCGACGCAGGCCAACUACGUCAACAAGUUCUUCCUCGCCAUGGUCAUCUGCAGCGUGCUCAUGUUCUACGCCGAGACGACGCCCGAGCUCCAAGCCCACGGCAUUGAGAGCGACCUUUGUCACGAAGCGUUUGCGUCCUACUGCGAAAACAGCAAGGACGUCGGCUGCUAUAUGCGGUCGGCCACAAACGAACCGACGACGCAAAAACUGAAUUUUCACUGCGACGCUGGCUCGAGUGCACCCGACUGCUUUGGAAGCGGCCUCAACUAUGGCGCGAACGCAACGCUCUCCCAGUGCUACGACCUCUUUUCGGACCCUCGGCGGAUUUGCGAAAUUCGCCAGUGCAAGCCAGGGCACGAGCCCAUGUACGAUAUGACGCGCAAGUGGGUCUACCUCGAGUACUACUUUGGCCUUGUGUUUACGAUUGAGAUGGCGCUGCGCUUCUACGCGGCGCGGAACCGCGUCAAGCACCUCCGCUCAAUCGGCACGUACAUUGACGUAGUCGCUGUGCUGCCGUUCUACGUGCAGGCGCUGCAAGGGGUCGUGCAAGCGCGCGUGCCGACGUACGCGAUCGUGCCGACCUUUCCACAGUUUCUCACGGUCCUUCCUAUCGUCAAGCCCAUUCGCAUCUUCAAGCUUGCGCGGCACUUCAAAUCGACAUCAGUUCUCUCCCGAACGACCCAAGAGACAUGGAAGCGUUUGCUCAUCCCGCUCUUUUUUCUCUUCCUUGGGUGCGUCUCGGCGGGCGCGAUUUUUUACGAAAUUGAGCGCGGCACCACGUGCUACGUGGACAUUCCGUGUUUUUGGUGGAACCGCGACCUAUGGACGAAAGAGCUCGACGCGAACCUUCCGCCCAAGAAAAUGGUUCAGAUUCAAGUCAGCAAAUACUCGAUCAUUACCGAUAUGCUGCGCUCGAGCUGGCUGUCGAUUGCUACGCUUACGAGCGUCGGAUACGGCGACAUGAAGCCGCGGACGCCGCUCGGCCGCCUCUUUGACAUUGUCGCGAUGGUCUUUGGGAGUUUCUACACGGCGAUGCCACUCUCGCUUGUCGGGACGCAGUUUUACCUUGCGUACCGCGACUUUCUCGAGAGCCAGAAGAACCAGCACCACUCUGGGUCGCUCUCGGUCGUGCGCCCGUCCCCCGGGCCGUCGCUUAACUUUAGACGCCACAAGCGACGACCGCCAAGCAUGAUUAGCCAGGACGACGUUCCCGUGUUGAGCCAGUUUAUGACCAUGAGCCGGCUCCUCAACGAAAUUCUCCAAAUGGCCUGCCGCCUCAAUGCGGCCCAGAAACAGCCCGCGUCGCUCGGUACGAAUGAGCUCCCAGUGCCACCGCUGCUCGUGUCGAUGCUCAAGAGCGUCAAGACGGCGCGAAAAGCCGGUCGUAUUGCGCGGCGAAGCUUGACAAGCCACGACGCAGCGCCACGCGUCUCGACCGGCGCGCCGCAGGACGUCAAGCUGCUGCACAUCGAGGGUAUGUGCAAGAACAUGGUCACAUCCACGUCGCUCUGUCAGACCAUCUUGCUACAAUUUUCGAUCAUUGUGCACAAAAUUGUCGUUCCAGACAAGACGCUCCAAGCCGCCGAGUCGCCCCAGCGCGCGUUCUCGAGCUUCCGAAGUCGGUCCGAGACGUCUCGGCGCGAGUCCGACUCGAACGGCGAAUCAGACAGCACGUUCUGAGUUUCGUAUCUAUCUCCCAACGUAACAACAAUACAUGCAUUUGUGUCUUGUCGGC